AUGUGGAACGACCGCUAUAACUCAGAUGAUCAACGUAGGUACGCACCGCCGCCUGGACCACCGGGAGAUUCAGGAUACGGAUUUCCGUCGCCAGACUUCCCACAUACGUCGCGCGACUACAAUCCGGCGUAUUUACCGCAUCCCGGAGCACCCCCCAGAGGCCCGUUUGCGCCGCCGCCAGGGCCGCCUCCUGGUAUGUCAGGAUACCCGGGAGAAGAACACCAUCUGCACCACCACCACCAUCAUCAUCAUCACGAAGGAGGAUUUGCACCUCCACCAGGCCCGCCUCCUGCCAUCCCCCCCAGGCCGUUGUCCAACUCAUAUGCGCCACCACCAGGUCCUCCUCCUCCACAUCACUACGCUCCCCCUCCCGGUGCUCCUCCGGGACAAUACGGCCCGCCGUCUAGUCAGUAUGGAUCACCCCUAGGUCCUCCUCCUAGAUCGUAUGGUGGAUAUGCGCCGCCGACCGGUCCUCCUCCUAGGCCUCCAGUUGAGCACCAGCGUUAUGGGCCGGUAUUUGAGGGGCAGGACCACUCCAGACAACAGCCUUUUUUCCAAUACUCGCAGUGUACCGGGAAAAGGAAGGCUCUAUGCAUUGGUAUUAACUAUAUUGGUCAAUCUGCGGAGCUCCACGGAUGCAUUAAUGAUGCACACAACAUGAGACGUUUUCUUAUCAACGAGUACGGAUAUCGGGAGAAUGACAUCGUCAUGCUCACUGACGACCAGGCGGAUCCACGAUCAAUCCCGACUAGAGCCAACAUGAUCGAUGCAUUACAAUGGCUUGUGCGCGGUGCGCAGCCACACGACUCGCUCUUUUUGCACUACUCCGGUCACGGUGGUCUUACGAAGGAUCUUGACGGAGACGAAGAGUCUGGGUAUGACGAGGUGAUCUAUCCUGUGGACUUCCAAGCAGCGGGACAGUUGGUAGAUGAUGAUCUGCACAACAUAGUUGUCAAGGCCCUCCCACCUGGAUGCCGCCUGACUGCUAUCUUCGACUCGUGUCACUCCGGAUCGGUUUUAGAUUUGCCAUACAUGUAUAAUCAUGAGGGGAAAAUCAAAGAGCCCAAUCUGGCCGCAGAAGCUGCUCAAGGAUUAUUAGGUGCCGUCAGUUCUUACGCACGAGGGGACAUUAUGGACGCAUUUGGCUCUAUUUCAGGAAUCGUGAAAGGGGUGUCGGGCUUUCAUAGUGGUGCUCGGGAGAGGAAGCAGCAGACUAAGACGAGUCCUGCCGAUGUGAUUUGCUGGGGUGGCUGCAAAGACCAACAGACUAGCGCAGACACAUUUGAGGGAGGCCAGGCAGUAGGCGCAAUGAGCUAUGCCUUUAUAAGUGUCUUGAGCCAAAAUAAGCACCAGAGCUAUCAACAGCUACUCGUCAACGUUCGCGAGGUUUUAUACGGAAAAUACAGCCAGAAACCACAGCUAUCGAGCUCUCAUCCCAUGGACACGAAUUUGAUGUUCAUUUGUUGA